AGUCAAGCUGUCCGCGUUUUGCGCCCGUAAGAUGCUCCGAUACGCGCUGCUCAUCUCCGGCGCGGCCGCGCUCGUCGCCCCGGCCCUGCCGAAGGUGUCGACGAAGCUGCACUCGACGGACUACGCGAAGACGCUCUACGGCGUCGGCCCGGAAACGUCCUACUGGGAUCCCCUGGGCCUCGCCGACCUCGGCACGGAGGCGACGGUGGACUUCUUCCGCGCGGCGGAGGUGAAGCACGGGCGCAUCGCGAUGAUGGCGUGCCUCGGCUACUGGCACCACAACCUCGGCAUCCAGCUGCCGGGCUACCUGUCGACGACGGACAAGAUCACGUUCGCGGACCUCGGCGCGGUCAAGGGCGCGGCGGCCUGGGCCAUGAUCCCGAAGAACGGGCUGCUGCAGAUCUUCGGCGCCAUCGCCGCCGUCGAGGUCUACGAGCUCACGCACAAGGACGGCGUCUUCGUCGGAGGCGACGCGUGGUUCAAGGGCUUCUCGUCGAACCUCGAGUUCGACCCGCUCGGCUUCGGCAAGAGCGACCCGGCGCUCGUCAAGACCUACAAGGAGCGCGAGCUCAAGAACGGCCGCCUCGCCAUGAUCGGCAUCAUGGGCUUCGUCGCGUCGGACCAGAUCGCGGGCUCCGUGCCCAUGCUCGCCUAGGCGGGCGAAGCUCCGGCCCUCGGGGGGGCGCCU